GUAACUUAUAUUGGUACUUAGUACUUACGUCUGAUCAACCAUGGACUUUACAGAAAUCUACAAACAAUCUGGAAAUCUCGCAUCGUUUAGCCCAGGCGCUCACUUCAUCCUCAACGUCGUCGAAAAUACCUUAAUCGUUAGACGAACUGAUACUCUACAGAUCACGCGUACAUGGACAAUCACCUCGCCUUCUAGCACCGCUAGCAUUCUAACAAAGUCAAAAUCUACUUCAUCCAACUCAGGUGUCCCAGCAGAUGGCUGGAUAUCCCAUGCAGGCUGGUCAUGCGAUUCCGAAUAUCUCUUAGCUGCGUCUACAAAGAAAGGGAUAGUAGAGGUUUUCAAACUCAGAGACGAAAAUUGGAAUGCCCGAAUCGAAGCUGGUGCUGAAGGUCUCCUCAAAGCUGAGUGGGCGCCGGACGGUCGCCACAUUCUCUGCUUUUCUCAGUGGGGCCUUCGAGUCACCAUCUGGUCUCUUGUCACGGGUGAUGCAACUUACAUACAGUUUCCGAUACACCCUGAUAGAGGAUACGCUUUUCGCUCCGAUUCCCAUUACUUUGUCUUGGCUGAGCGACAUAAGUCAAAAGAUACCGUGGGUGUGUAUGAUACAACUGACUUUUACAAAUUAGUCCGGCAUUUCCCUGUCCCAACGUCCAAUCUAUCGUCGCUGGCUUUAUCUCCAACUGGUAAUCAUAUUGCGGUCUGGGAGGGUAUUUUGGAGUAUAAGUUGCAUAUCCUAUCUCUAAGCGGAGAUGUGCAAGGGACUUUUUCACCGGAGCCAGAUCCGGGAUUUGGCGUUCGUAAUGCUGCUUGGCAUCCUACUGGAAUGUUCCUCGCCGUGGCGGGAUGGGACGACAAGAUCCAUAUCCUUGAUGGCCUGACUUGGUCUACGGCUGCAACACUCGAGUUGUCAAGCAAGAUCCCAGCGGGCGCUACACUAUGGCGGGAACCGUCAAACUGGCUUGAAACUACUCAAGGUCGAGGAUUUCUGUCUUAUGAACGGUCACAAGGACCACAAACAAUCGGCUUGCAACGCACGGAUCCAAUGAAGCCAAACCCAAAGUCGGGUGCGGUCCAGCUUGAAUGGAACAAGACUGGCACGCUGCUGCUAGUGCGGUUUGAAAACUGCCCCAUGGUAGUCCACCUGUACGAUUUUCCGGCACCUUCGGAUCCGUUUGUUCCUCGGUUGCGUUGCGUUUUGCAACACACAAAACAAGUCUUGCAUGCACAGUGGAACCCAGUCCGUAAAGGCAAUUUAGCCCUGUGCAGUGGGAGUGGUAGCAUUUACACGUGGAGCGACGAAUGGAUUGGAGAGAACGGGGUAGAGGAAGACAUGGCGGAGUGCAUCGGUGUACCGGCGAACACAAAAUUCGAAACAAGAAAUAUCAAAUGGGCUCCCGAUGGGAAAGGGCUAGUGUUGCUAGACAAGGAGAUGUUUUGUUGCGCGUUCGAGGUAGAAGAAGACGGUCCUGAGAGCUCAUAGUAUGUGUAGUAGUCUUUUCUGUAUAUCUUACAUCGUUAUUUGGAAAACCUACUAAAAAUAUUAGUGCACGGUUGUAUUUUUGCGCCGUGCUUUUUAGUGACGAUAAUUUCGCCAUCGGCGACGCAAGCGUACGCAAGGCCAACGGCCGAAACGAGAAGCUGACA